GUUUGUUCUCCAGCCGCUGACCUGAUUCGACCUCUCCAGAAAUAGACAUUUAACUCUCUGAACCCCUGUUUAAGUAUAGAAUUCUUUUGGGCGCUCUCUUCAUUUCUAAGGUUCAAAGGGAAGAGGCGAAGAUUCCAGGGUCUUACCGCCCUCGCAGCCAAUGAGGGAGCCCGGGGGGAGGAGCCUGGCAAGCUCUAGCUGAUGAGAGACUCGCCCCCAGUAGAUGCGGUGGAGUUUGAGCUUUGCUGCAUCCGUCACUGAAGAACAAAAUAAAGAGUAGAGGAGACAGGCUGCAGAGCAUGGGAGGCAGUGGGGCUUUCUGAAACGUUUGCUGGGCUUUCCGCGGAGCAUGAACGUUUAAAACGAAUUCUUUUUUUAAAAAAGAAACUCAUUUGUGUCGCUGGGAAAAUGAUACAUAUGCUAAAUGCAGCAGCCUAUCGGGUGAAAUGGACCAGAUCCGGUGCUGCUAAGAGGGCUGCCUGCCUGGUGGCUGCGGCAUAUGCUCUGAAAACCCUCUAUCCCAUCAUUGGCAAGCGUUUGAAGCAGCCUGGCCACAGGAAGGAAGCAGCAGCAGCAGCAGCUUACCCGCCUGCAGAGAACAGAGAAAUACUGCAUUGCACAGAGAUCGUCUGUAAAAAGCCUGCGCCGGGACUGAAUGCAGAUUUUUUCAAACAGCUACUAGAACUUCGGAAAAUCCUCUUUCCAAAACUUGUGACCACUGAGACAGGGUGGCUCUGCCUCCAUUCGGUGGCUCUCAUCUCAAGAACAUUUCUUUCUAUCUAUGUGGCUGGUCUGGAUGGGAAAAUCGUGAAAAGCAUAGUGGAAAAGAAGCCUCGGAGUUUCAUCAUCAAACUAAUCAAGUGGCUUAUGAUUGCCAUCCCCGCCACCUUUGUCAACAGUGCUAUAAGGUACCUGGAGUGCAAACUGGCUUUGGCCUUCAGAACUCGCUUAGUAGACCAUGCCUAUGAAACCUAUUUUGCGAAUCAGACCUAUUAUAAGGUGAUAAACAUGGAUGGGAGGCUGGCAAACCCUGACCAGUCCCUUACUGAAGACAUUAUGAUGUUCUCACAGUCCGUGGCUCACUUGUAUUCCAACCUUACCAAACCUAUUUUAGAUGUAAUCCUAACUUCCUAUACCCUCAUCCGGACUGCUACAUCGAGAGGAGCAAGCCCAAUCGGGCCCACGCUGUUAGCGGGACUUGCGGUGUACGCCACUGCAAAAGUGCUGAAAGCUUGCUCUCCCAAAUUUGGUACCCUGGUGGCUGAAGAAGCUCAUAGGAAAGGCUACCUGCGCUAUGUUCACUCCAGGAUUAUAGCCAACGUGGAAGAAAUUGCCUUCUACAGAGGACAUAAGGUAGAAAUGAAGCAACUGCAGAAAAGUUACAAGGCUUUAGCUUCCCAGAUGAACCUUAUUUUAUCCAAGCGUUUGUGGUACAUCAUGAUAGAACAGUUCUUGAUGAAAUAUGUGUGGAGCAGCUGUGGACUGAUUAUGGUGGCAAUACCCAUUAUCACUGCAACAGGCUUUGCAGAUGGUGAUCUGGAGGAUGGCCCAAAGCAGGCUAUGGUUAGCGAUCGGACAGAAGCCUUUACCACUGCCCGAAAUUUAUUGGCCUCUGGUGCUGAUGCCAUUGAAAGAAUUAUGUCUUCAUACAAAGAGAUCACUGAACUAGCAGGCUACACUGCUAGAGUGUACAACAUGUUCUGGGUCUUUGACGAAGUGAAAAGAGGCAUUUAUAAGAGAAAUGUCACUCCAGAGCCUGAAAAGCAUAGCAAGAGCGGAGGUGACAUGGAGCUACCCCUCAGUGACACCCUAACGAUUAAAGGGACAGUGAUUGACGUGGAUCACGGAAUCAUUUGUGAGAAUGUGCCCAUCAUCACACCAGCAGGAGAAGUCGUGGCUUCUCGACUGAACUUCAAAGUAGAAGAAGGGAUGCAUCUUUUGAUAACUGGUCCUAAUGGUUGUGGAAAAAGCUCUCUCUUCAGAAUCCUAAGUGGGCUAUGGCCUGUGUAUGAAGGAGUCCUUUAUAAACCACCUCCCCAACAUAUGUUCUACAUUCCACAGAGGCCAUACAUGUCUCUUGGAAGUCUUCGUGAUCAAGUCAUUUAUCCUGACUCAGUGGAUGACAUGCAUGAAAAAGGAUACACUGACCAAGACCUGGAAGGCAUUCUGCACAGUGUCCACCUCUACCACAUAGUUCAAAGAGAAGGAGGAUGGGAUGCUGUUAUGGACUGGAAAGAUGUCCUAUCAGGAGGAGAAAAGCAGAGAAUGGGUAUGGCACGGAUGUUUUAUCAUAAACCAAAGUAUGCAUUGCUGGAUGAAUGUACCAGUGCUGUGAGCAUUGAUGUUGAAGGAAAGAUAUUUCAGGCUGCUGUAGGGGCUGGGAUUUCCUUACUGUCCAUAACGCACAGACCUUCUCUGUGGAAGUACCACACUCAUUUAUUACAAUUUGAUGGCGAAGGAGGUUGGCGCUUUGAGCAGCUGGACACCGCUAUCCGUUUAACAUUAAGUGAAGAGAAGCAGAAGUUAGAGUCUCAGCUAGCUGGAAUUCCCAAAAUGCAGCAGAGACUCAAUGAACUAUGUAAAAUUUUGGGAGAAGACUCGGUGCUGAAAACAGAUCAAAAGGAAAAGGACUCACCCUGAUUUGCCUGGACACGUUUUAAGUUCACUUUUAGGUAAAGCCUCAGAGACUCUCUCUUCACUGCAUGCCAUCUGUUAAGCUGAGUGCAGAGAAAGCAAGCCAGCAAAAAGUAUUUUGUAUGAUUUUAGCGUCAAGGAAGUAUAAGGUAACUUUUUGAAAGAAAAAAGGCAAAUGCAUUAGUCAAGGUUAGUCAUGACUUCCAUUAAUGCCCAAUGAAAGGCCAGCUCACCUAUAAAACAGGACUGUCUAUGGGGAUGCGCGCGGUCUGAGAUUCUUCUUGUGGGAGAAAGCCCAAAAAACAAAACAGUAAAGGCAGCGCCUGGGUUGAUGUCAGGUGCUCAGAAUUACAACUUGGAGUGCUGUUUCCGCCCACUUACCAUGCACAGUAGGUGCAGCACCUGAAAUCCAUAAUCGGCAUUGCUAGUGGCCAGAUAAACAUGUGUACAAAACAACAGUUUGUUUAAAAAAAAAUUCAAUAUGAAAAAAUGUAUUUUAAUGACAGUGGUUGAAAACAAGCAUGGUUAGACAAGUAUAAAGUACUGUAUGUAAAAUUUUCAGACUUUGAGCAUCUUAACACAAAAAAAAUUAACUUUAAUUAGAAUUGUGCGUAUUUAUUAAAAACCCUUUUAUUUUUUAAAAAAGAGAAUUAUCCACAGAGAGGAGGAGGAUCCAGACAAUGCUUGUACUGGCUGUGGCUUGAAUCUACAGUGCUAUCCACUUCAGUUUUCAUGCAGAAAUCCUGCUUGUUUUGUACCCAAAGAAACAUUUUAGAAACUUGAUUACUGUCCUAAAUACAGAUCCUGGAGUUCAUAGUUAUUCCCACAUUCUUUUCAUUUUACUCUGCCUUUGAAGCAAUCUUUUGAGGCAUAUCGUUUUUUGCUCAUUUGUUUCUGAGAAAACAGACACUCAGAUUUAUUUUAAUAGUGUGACUAAUUUUGCAAGACAAUGUAGCGGUCAAGGGAGAUUCUCCUGACUCUGAUUAAGUGCUGUUAGCCUUAUUGCCCCUUCAAUUUAACUGGACUGUAAUGUCAAUAAAAAAAAAAUGAGAUAGAGCAGGUAGCUGGCCGGAAAUGAAAUUGUGGGCAGAGCAGGAGGUAAUGGAAAAAUUAAAGUAGAUUAGAAAAUACAGUUGAGGGCAUGGAGAAAUGACACUUGCUUCUCUUGUAGGAGGUCUGAAUUUUAUUGCUAGCAUCCACAUGGUGGCUCCAAAGCUAUGUCUAAUUCCAGUACCAGGGGAUCUGAUGACCUCUUCUGGCCUCCAAGGGCCCUGCAUUCAUGUAGGGCUCAUACAUAUAUGCAGGCAAGACACUCCUAUACAUAGCAUUAAAAAUAAAUAAAUCUGAAAGAUAGUAAUGAUAAUGAAAAUUGGCAAUGUUAAUAUUAUUAUUUAAUUAGUGAUUGCAAGAAAUGAAAAUUGAGUAGGAAAUGGAAUGGUUACUGGUCUUUGACUUUGAAAGAACCAAGGAAGUCAGCACACCGCAGCUAUGUCCAUCUCCUUGAUGUUGGAGCGUCUGCAGCAUCAGCACUCGGAAGGGCAGUACGUUGUACUUCUGGUAAGUCUCAUAUUGCUGGAUAUGAUGAGAAACAAUCUAUGUGAGUACAUCAUGUGAAAUGGGUCUCACCUGUUUGUGUGCGCUGGUGUACAGAGCCGUACCUGAUGCUUUACCCUCGUCCUCUCUCAGGCAUGACGCUAUGUAUGAAAAACUAAGAGAAACGGACGGUCAUAGUGGCUCCAGAUUUUGGUUACACAUUUAGACAUCAUCUUAGCGGAUGCUCAUCUGUCGUAGGCUAUCUGGGAAAUAGACUACCUGGAAGUCAUUCACAAUGAUUGCUGUGAGAAAUUACAGCAUGUCCACUUGUUCAGUUCCACAAAACUGGGUGAUUUGAAUUGUCAAUAAAUGUAACCACCUUACAUGAAGUAAUAGAAUAUAUGUUCCGAAUCAGUGAUUUUUCAUUUAUCUGUUACUGCUACUUACUACUGGAAAUGUGGGGCAAGAAUGGAAGAUUUUUCUUUAGAGAAAGCGUGGAACUGGAAAGUGAUGCUUGUAUUUUAAAAGGAUUCCAUGUCAGCAGUUAGCCAGGUUACAGUGCUAAAGGGGAAAUGUUUGAAGCAAGUGUCUUACAUUAGCUUUUAAAGGCACCAGAGGAACAUUGACGUUCACAUUUGAAACUAUAAUUUUCAUGAUUUAAAAUUAAACCCUUUAAGACCCGAGAGCUUACAUUUUUAAGCUUUGCAAAGAAUGCUAACGUCAAUACUACAAACUUGACCUUAUUUAAUAGAUGUUACCAUGAGCUGAAGUGAAAUUAAGAUAACUCAUUAGAUGUUUAAGAUUCUAUACUAAAAUUCUGGUCAUGGAAUUUAAAAGUUAAAAUUUCAGGACAAACAAGCUGUUUUCCAAUGGCUUAAAAAAAAAAAAAAACUACUGAUUAUCUGAAUUACUUUUUCUAAGACCAAAUAUCCACUGUCUUGCAAUCUGAUGUGAACUUGUGUUAUGUACCACAACACUCUUUCCAAAGUGGGAGACCAGAACUGAUAUUCUCACAGGCUCAACUGUGAAAACAUUGAGACCACUGAGGCAUCUUCUUCUUUGAAUAGGACAAAGGAAAAUGAAGUAUAACUUCAGUCGUCAAACUACUUUUAUUUUCCUCAGAAAAGGUGUGAAUUUAUGGAGCUUGAUUAUUUGGGAGGUUAACUCAUAAGCUGCAUUCCAUGUAAGUGUGACAUUCUAUUUCUGCAGCAUGCUAUGGUAUGCCAAGCAUGAGUCUGAAGCUGUGUGCACUCUUAUAGACAAGAUAAUCUCUAAAAUGCUCUUGAAUCACAAGGUUAUUGAUCUAACUUGAAAACCAACCCAAAUUACCCUGUGUUUACACAGGAAUGGUUUUCCUCUGAUGGUAAUUUGACUUUUGCCCCAAAUUUUGGUGUGUCAAAAAAGGUAUGAAGAAAUGUGUUGGUUUUUAUUUGAGGCAUUAAUUCCAAGUAAAAGUGUGUAUUUGUGAAAGAUUUAGCUUAUCUUGAUGUUUGAAAUAGUUUGUGUGUGUUUUUUUAAACCAGUGUACUUUCAAAAGCUUGUUAUGUGGUAGAACCAAAACCCAGAGGAGGUCACAUGCUUAGAGAUGUCCUAAACAUGGUAACAGUUAUUAAAUUAUUUAUUUAAAGAGA